UGUUUUCCUGUUAUGUUAUCCGAUAUUUUCUGUUACUUAACGGGAGUUAGUUACGAUUUUAGUCAUCACAAGAAGUAGAUGGGCUAAAUAUGACGAUUGGAAGAAGAUAUUGUCAACCCGGUUUUACUAUCCGAAUGGAAGAUAGAGAAUACAAGAAGAGAAUCCAGGAGAACUGUGCAGAACUAGUGGAUAAAGUAGACCCAGCGCAACUGAUGCCAUACCUCUCGUGUCUGACAAAACAGGACAGGGAGGCUAUUACUGGAGAUGAAAGGCAUAAUGGAGGCAGGAGCAUUGCAGCAAUGACGCUACUGGAUAGGUUACAAAGAAGAGACGAGUGGUUCCCACAGUUCAUUUCAGCUCUGAGAGAAACAGGUCAGCUAAAGCUGGCCAGAAAACUUGACCCCCAGGAGACAAACGGCACUGAUGACAAUGAGAGAGGUGAAUGGUAUGUUAGAAAGAAAACAUUAGAGGAAAGUAAAGCCACCAAAAGAAUCCAGAACACCACUCCAGAUGGCAAGACAUUGCUGAGGGAACUGCCGUAUAAGGUCACCCAUGUGAUCAAGUCACUGGACAUCCCGAAUGGACUGCAUGGAGGGGGCUGGAGGGCGCUGGCAGCAGAACUAGACUUCCUCCACAAAGAAGUUCAGUCUCUGGAACAAGAGGAGAGUCCUACAGAGUCUCUGCUCGAAAGAUGGCAGCAGAAGUGUCCCCAUAAAGCCACACUGGGCAGGCUGUGUCAGGCACUGGAAAGCAUGGAGAGGAUGGAUCUUUUGGAUAAGAUCUAUAAAAUAACCAGUUAUAGGCAUAAUGUCUCCGGGCCCAGACAGCAGGUGUCCCAGGACAGCCAGGUCCCAGGACCUUUCUCCCCUGUUGUGGAUAACUCAGACUCUCUGUCUUGGACUUCACCAGAAGCUGAGGUGACAGCUGACAGCAGAACGCCAGAAACUGAGGUGACAGCUGACAGCAGGGUGCCAGAAACUGAGGUGACAGCUGACAUCAGGGCACCAGAAACUGAGGUGACAGCUGACAGCAGGGUGCCAGAAACUGAGGUGACAGCUGACAUCAGGGCACCAGAAACUGAGGUGACAGCUGACAGCAGGGUGCCAGAAACUGAGGUGACAGCUGACAGCAGAGUGCCAGAAACUGAGGUGACAGCUGACAGCAGAGCAGCAGGGAGAGAGCAGGUGCCAAGAACAGAUAACCAGACAAGGGAAGAGAUCUUACAUCAGCAACCAAUAGGUGGCAGCUCUGGUCCAGAAUCAAAGGUUCCGUCAUCCUCAAACACUGUCCCAGGGGGUGAGCCACAAUUGGCUCUCUUGGCAGAGGAAAAUACAGACCAUAUAAAUGAUGAAAAGUGUCCAACAACUACUUUAGGAGAGGACUUAAAGCCUUCACUUCAGCCAGUAAAGGAAGUAAAUCCUGGUCACAUACAUAGAAAACAACCACAACCCACUGAAUAUGAUCAGGAUAGUGCCUGCAAGCCUCCUCAAAUGACAGUAGAAGCAGUGAAUGGAGGUCAGAUACACAAAGAACAGCCACCACCUGUGCAGCAGGACCAGGAGAGCGAAUCAAAACCUCCUCCAGUGGCAGCAGAAGAAGUGAAUGGACAUACUGUGGCACAAACAGACCUCAUAGAAAAUGAGGCAGACUCAUCAAAAGAUCUACCUUUUUCCACACAAGAAGAAGGCAAACUUCCCUCCAUGUCCAGCAUGCAGAAACCAUUGCCUUUGUCCCAGGAGGAGGGAGACAAUCAGCCUUCAGGGCCCUCUAGUAUGCAUAAACCAUUGCCUUUGUCCCAGGAGGAGGAAGACAAUCAGCCUUCAGGGCCCCCUAGUGGCAGUUUGCAGAAACCAUUGCUUUUGUCCAAAGAGGAGGAAAAUGUUCAGCCUUCAGUGCCCCCUAGUGUCAGCCAACAGAACAACCUCAGUCCUCCCAGUGUGGUUGGUACUGGAUACACCCACCUAAACAUAACACAGGCUGACGGAGAGAAUAGUUACAUUUCUAGUGGCUCUGAAGUUAACAUGCUAAAGAACAGGUCUGGAUUCCAGGGGUUGACCCUUGAUAACAAUAUAACUGGGAGAUCUGGGGAGCACUCAGCAGGUGGUGGCACAGACAGCUCUCUGCAGCAUGCCUUGAAACUCAAGAGUCCAGAUGCUAGUUUGGUUGGUCGUCUUGAAGAAAGUGAAGAGGAUGCAGUAUUAUCAAGAGGUGUGGCUGAUGGUGCAUCAUGUCCAUCAGAACACCGUAUAACAUUGCUGAAACACCCAGAGGACCAGGAAGAGAGCAGUGUUGUUCACAAGGUACUGUUCAGGUCUCCAUCAGAUGAUUCCCCUGCUGUAUCGCAUCAGGCCAGCUCCUUAGAUGGUGACAAGUUGACCCUCCCAGCACAGGCUCCUGUCACUCUGUCCCCUGUGCCAGAACACCCCACCAGUCCUUCCUACAAGUCCAAGUGUCCAGAACCUCUGACCCUGGUGGACGAUGACACAGCCGAGGACAGACAGAGAGUUGACCGUAGUCAGAUAGCUGACAGACCUCAGUCUGGAAGUCCAGCUCAGGGUCAUGUGACAGAUGGAAGUCCAGGACUGAGGAUGCGCAGGAAUUCUCUGCGAGGUGGCAUAUUGCCUGAACUCCCCAAGCUGGACAUCACUCCAAGACAGCCCCAGGAAUUUGUCUGGGACAGACCUGCUGCCAACCAGGCACAGGAACCUCAAGACAGGGCUGGCUUGAAUAGGCUGACAGUGGCGGCACCUUUUGUAGUGUUUGGUCUCUUAGCAACCAUAGGACUUUACAAGAAUUUAAGGUGACAGUGAAUAUAGUGAUGAAUUUUCCUGGGUGUGUAAGCGGUCACUUUGAAGGUUCUGGUAUAAUACAUGCAUGUAUCUCAAAACCAUUACACACACACACACACACACACACACACACACACACACAAAGGUAAAAGGGCAUGCUUAGCUCUAAUGUCUGAAGUAAUUUUUUUUUUUUUUUCAAUGUUCUUUAGGUGAGCAAAAUAUUUUCAAACAUUCUUGAAAAGAAUUAUCUUGACAUUGAUGAUUCAAGUUUUAGCCACAACUUGUGGAAUAAGAUAGAUACAGAGAGUUGACACAGAACGCAAGUGUAGGCCUCUGUAUAUUUUAUGUUUUUGUGAUAAGAUCAAAAUGUCUGUACUUCUGUUAACUAUAUGAACCAAGUUCACAAUGCAUUCUGUGAUUACUGCUUUUGUCAAAGUUUGAAAUGUAAAUUUUAAUGAAUUAAAUCAAUUAACUGUUGAAAUGAUUUUGGUAAUUCUUAAAUGUUUUAUAAUAUUUGCCAUACAUUUAACAGACUCUACACUUUCCAGUAGAAAUCAUCUAAGAUAAGUAGACGUCUUGCAAGAUUUUGCAGGGUAUGAGGAAGAGUGGGGACUGUGGGGUCAUAAUAAAUGGCAGAUUAGUAAAAUACAAAGUGGCAAUGAAUAAAG